GGGCUGUUUGUUCUGCUCUCCCGCAGCCGAGAAGCCGAAGAGGUGGCGGCGGCGGCGGCGGCGGCGGCGGCGGCGGCUGCCGGCGGUGCUCGCAGGCGAGCGGGGCCUGUGAGGGCGGCGGAGCCGCGAGCGCGGCAGUCGGGCCCCGGCGCCGCACAGGCAGCACGCGGAGGGGGCGGCGGCAGCGGGCGGCCGGCGGGGGCGGCGUGCGGCCUAGUGUCUCAGAGUUCCUGGUGAAGAAUGUGAUGGGAUCACUAGCAUGUCUGCGGAGAGUGGCCCUGGGACAAGAUUGAGAAAUCUGCCAGUAAUGGGGGAUGGACUAGAAACUUCCCAAAUGUCUACAACACAGGCCCAGGCCCAACCCCAGCCAGCCAAUGCAGCCAGCACCAACCCCCCACCCCCAGAGACCUCCAACCCCAACAAGCCCAAGAGGCAGACGAACCAACUGCAAUAUCUGCUCAAAGUGGUGCUCAAGACACUAUGGAAACACCAGUUUGCGUGGCCUUUCCAGCAACCUGUGGACGCCGUCAAGCUGAACCUCCCUGAUUACUAUAAGAUCAUUAAAACACCUAUGGAUAUGGGAACAAUAAAGAAGCGCUUGGAAAACAAUUAUUACUGGAAUGCUCAGGAAUGUAUCCAGGACUUCAACACUAUGUUUACAAAUUGUUACAUCUACAACAAGCCUGGAGAUGACAUAGUCUUAAUGGCAGAAGCUCUGGAGAAGCUCUUCUUGCAAAAAAUCAGCGACCUACCCACAGAAGAAACUGAGAUCAUGAUAGUCCAGGCAAAAGGAAGAGGACGUGGGAGGAAGGAAGCAGGGACGACGGCAAAACCCGGCGUCUCCACGCUACCAAACACAACGCAAGCAUCAACUCCUCCGCAGACCCAGACCCCUCAGCAGAACCCGCUGCCCGUGCAGGCCACGCCUCACCCCUUCCCUGUCACCCCAGACCUCAUCGUCCAGACCCCUGUCAUGACGGUGGUGCCUCCCCAGCCACUGCAGACACCCCCACCGGUGCCCCCCCAGCCUGCACCCCCACCUGCUCCAGCCCCCCAGCCUGUGCAGAGCCACCCACCCAUCAUUGCGGCCACCCCACAGCCUGUGAAGACAAAGAAGGGAGUGAAGAGGAAAGCAGACACCACCACCCCCACCACCAUUGACCCCAUUCAUGAGCCACCCUCGCUGCCCCCGGAGCCCAAGACCACCAAGCUGGGCCCCCGGCGGGAGAGCAGUCGGCCUGUGAAACCCCCAAAGAAGGAUGUACCCGACUCGCAGCAGCACCCAGCACCAGAGAAGAGCAGCAAGAUCUCAGAGCAGCUCAAAUGCUGCAGCGGCAUCCUCAAGGAGAUGUUCGCCAAGAAGCAUGCUGCCUACGCUUGGCCCUUCUACAAGCCCGUGGAUGUGGAGGCGCUGGGCCUGCACGACUACUGCGACAUCAUCAAGCACCCCAUGGACAUGAGCACAAUCAAAUCUAAACUGGAGGCCCGUGAGUACCGAGAUGCUCAGGAAUUUGGUGCUGAUGUCCGAUUGAUGUUCUCCAACUGCUAUAAGUACAACCCUCCUGACCACGAGGUGGUGGCCAUGGCCCGCAAGCUCCAGGAUGUAUUCGAAAUGCGUUUUGCCAAGAUGCCGGAUGAGCCUGAGGAGCCUGUGGUGGCCGUGUCCUCCCCUGCUGUGCCCCCUCCCACCAAGGUUGUGGCCCCGCCUUCGUCCAGCGACAGCAGCAGCGAUAGCUCCUCGGACAGUGACAGUUCCACUGACGACUCUGAGGAAGAGCGGGCCCAGCGACUGGCUGAGCUCCAGGAGCAGCUCAAAGCCGUGCAUGAGCAGCUUGCAGCCCUCUCGCAGCCCCAGCAGAACAAACCAAAGAAAAAGGAGAAAGACAAGAAGGAAAAGAAAAAAGAAAAGCACAAAAAGAAAGAGGAAGUGGAGGAGAAUAAGAAAAGCAAAGCCAAGGAAAUUCCUCCGAAAAAGACAAAGAAAAAUAACAGCAGCAACAGCAAUGCGAGCAAGAAGGAGCCAGCACCCAUGAAGAGCAAGCCCCCGCCCACGUAUGAGUCGGAGGAGGAGGACAAGUGCAAGCCCAUGUCGUACGAGGAGAAGCGACAGCUUAGCCUGGACAUCAACAAGCUCCCCGGUGAGAAGCUGGGCCGCGUGGUACACAUCAUCCAGUCACGGGAGCCUUCCCUCAAGAACUCCAACCCCGACGAGAUUGAGAUUGACUUCGAAACCCUGAAGCCGUCCACACUGCGAGAGCUGGAGCGCUAUGUCACUUCCUGUUUGCGGAAAAAAAGGAAACCUCAAGCUGAGAAGGUCGAUGUAAUUGCUGGCUCCUCCAAGAUGAAGAGCUUCUCAUCCUCGGAGUCGGAGAGCACCAGCGAGUCCAGCUCCUCUGACAGCGAAGACUCCGAAACAGAGAUAGCUCCGAAGUCAAAAAAGAAGGGGCACCCUGGGAGGGAACAGAAGAAGCACCAUCACCACCACCAUCAGCAGAUGCAGCAGGUCCCGGCCCCUGUGCCCCAGCAGCCACCCCCACCUCCCCAGCAGCCCGCACCACCACCACCGCAGCAGCAGCAGCAGCAGCCACCGCCGCCGCCGCCGCCCCCACCCCCGCCACCCCCACCCUCCAUGCCACCACAGGCAGCCCCGGCCAUGAAGUCCUCGCCCCCACCGUUCAUUGCCGCCCAGGUGCCCGUCCUGGAGCCCCAGCUCCCAGGCAGCGUCUUCGACCCCAUCGGCCACUUCACCCAGCCCAUCCUGCACCUGCCGCAGCCUGAGCUGCCCCCACACCUGCCCCAACCACCCGAGCACAGCACUCCACCGCAUCUCAACCAGCAUGCGGUGGUGUCUCCUCCAGCUUUGCACAAUGCGCUGCCCCAGCAGCCAUCGCGGCCCAGCAACCGAGCUGCUGCCCUGCCCCCCAAGCCUGCCCGGCCCCCGGCCGUGUCACCUGCCCUGGCCCAGCCACCCCUGCUUCCACAGCCUCCCAUGGCUCAGCCCCCACAAGUGUUGCUGGAGGACGAAGAGCCACCCGCCCCACCCCUCACCACCAUGCAGAUGCAGCUGUACCUGCAGCAGCUGCAGAAGGUGCAGCCCCCCACGCCGCUACUCCCUUCCGUGAAGGUGCAGUCCCAGCCCCCACCCCCGCUGCCGCCCCCAUCCCACCCCACCGUGCAGCAGCAGCUACAGCAGCAGCCUCCACCACCCCCACCGCCCCAGCCCCAGGCACCACCUCAGCAGCAGCACCAGCCACCCCCACGGCCUGUGCACUUGCAGUCCAUGCAAUUCUCCACCCACAUCCAGCAGCCCCCCGCACCCCCAGGCCAGCAGCCCCCCCACCCACCCCCAGGCCAGCAGCCACCCCCGCCGCAGCCCGCCAAGCCUCAGCAAGUCAUCCAGCAUCACCCUUCACCCCGGCACCACAAGUCGGACCCCUACUCAACUGGUCACCUCCGUGAAGCUCCCUCCCCGCUUAUGAUACAUUCCCCCCAGAUGUCACAGUUCCAGAGCCUGACCCACCAGUCUCCACCCCAGCAAAACGUCCAGCCUAAGAAACAGGAGCUGCGCGCAGCCUCUGUGGUCCAGCCCCAGCCCCUGGUGGUGGUAAAGGAGGAGAAGAUCCACUCACCCAUCAUCCGCAGCGAGCCCUUCAGCCCCUCGCUGCGGCCGGAGCCCCCCAAGCAUCCGGAGAGCAUCAAGGCCCCUGUCCACCUGCCCCAGCGGCCCGAGAUGAAGCCUGUGGAUGUUGGGAGGCCUGUGAUCCGGCCACCUGAGCAGAAUGCACCCCCACCAGGAGCUCCUGACAAGGACAAACAAAAACAGGAGCCGAAGACACCAGUUGCGCCCAAAAAGGACCUGAAAAUCAAGAACAUGGGCUCUUGGGCCAGCCUGGUGCAGAAGCAUCCAACCACUCCAUCCUCCACAGCCAAGUCAUCGAGCGAUAGCUUUGAGCAGUUUCGACGUGCUGCUCGGGAGAAGGAGGAGCGUGAGAAGGCCCUGAAGGCACAGGCUGAGCAUGCGGAGAAAGAGAAGGAACGUCUGCGGCAGGAGCGAAUGAGGAGCCGGGAGGAUGAGGACGCUCUGGAGCAGGCCCGGCGAGCCCAUGAGGAGGCACGCCGGCGUCAGGAACAGCAGCAGCAGCGGCAGGAGCAGCAGCAGCAGCAGCAGCAACAGCAGCAACAACAGCAACAGCAACAGCAGCAGGCGCAAGCAGCCGCGGUGGCUGCCGCAGCUGCCCCCCAGGCCCAGAGCUCCCAGCCCCAGUCCAUGCUGGACCAGCAGAGGGAGUUGGCCCGGAAGCGGGAGCAGGAGCGAAGGCGCCGGGAAGCAAUGGCAGCUACCAUUGACAUGAAUUUCCAGAGUGAUCUAUUGUCAAUAUUUGAAGAAAAUCUUUUCUGAGAGCACCUAGGUGACCUCUGACUUUGAUUUUCUGGCAAAACGUUGACUUUCCAUAGUGUUAGGGGUGGCGGUGGAGGCGGUAGCAGCGGCCAGGGGUGUCUCUGAACCUGGCCCUCCUGCAUGCUAUGCCCGGGGCGGGCCUGACGGGCAGCUGAGGAUCGCAGAGCCUGUCUGCCUUACAGCCAGCCAGAGGGAUGUCCCGCCACCCCCUCACAGGACAUCAGCUCAGAGCACGCCUCGUGAUGAGCAAGUGCCGGCCGGACCCGAGCCCUGCCUCCCCGUGUGUGGGGCAGAGUCCCUUCUCUCCGCCAAAUGUCUACACAAUAUACACAGGACAUCAUUGCCACCGCCACCGUGACUGGCUUUCUGUCCCCAAGAACGUGACGUUCGUGACGUCCUGCCCACCAGGAGUCCUUCCCCACACCCCAGCCAUCGCCACCAGCUCCCAGGAGGCCAGGGCAGGCCCAUGUGGGCUGGAGGCAGGCGAGGCACCGGCCCACCCCCUUGCUGGCACUGACUUUGCCUUGAACAGACCCCACCCCCCUCCCUGCCCCCACAAGCCUUUAAUUGAGAGCCGCUCUCUGUGUUCGCUUGUGCAAAAGGGAAUAGUGCCGUGGAGGUGUGUGUGUCCAUGGCAAUCGGAGCGAGGUGGCUGUCCCAUGCAAGUGUGUGGGUGGGCCUUGCCCAGGGAGUGAGGCCACCAACCAAAGUCAGUUUCUUCCCACCUGUGUUUCUGGGUUUUCUUUUUUUUCCUAUAUAUAUAUUUUUUGUUGAAUUCUAUUUUAUUUUUAAUUCUUUCUUCUCCUCCAGACACAGUGGCACUGCUUAUCUCCAAAUGGUGUGAUCGUCUCCUCAUUGAGCGGCGGCUACCACCGCGCUGUGGGUAGUGUGUGACCGUGGCUGU